GCUUCCUUUCGUCAGUCUUCGUUGAACAUCGGAUCGGAACGGUUUCUCGUAUUUUUAUGUACACGUUUGAUAAGGAUACGGAUUUCCCGCAACGACACAAACAGCUUCUUCUAUUGUCUUUGCGGUUUAUCAUCGACCGGCUUUUUUUGGCUUUGCUGCUAAAUAGUGCAAUUUGUGAAGAGUAUUCUAUUGGUUUACAACGCUUGUGUGUAUCGAUUCCAGAUUCGGCUUCUUGAUCCAAGGAAGAAAGUAAGGAUAAGGAAGAAGCCUAUCACGGGAAAAGGGAAAUCAAAGUGACGCUCUCUCCGCGGGAAUGCAGAUUGUUCCGUUUUGGCUGUGAAUAUAAGUGUGAAUACCCCAAGGAAGCAAGGAAGAAUCACCAAUCCAAACAGCACCGUGGUGUUCAAUUGCAGUUUAUAAGUUAAAAGUCUGGAAUUAGUGUUGUGGUGCGAAUUUACACAUUCUGAAGUCGGGUUGAAGUGAGAAAGCUGUCCAGUGAUAAUGUCCAACAACAUCCAAAUCACGGCCGACGAUAAGCCGUCAUCGGUGGUGGGAAUGCCGGCGACCACGCCGACCAAACCUCCGAUGACCGGUAUUCCUUCGAGCCCUUCGCACCUGCAGCUUCCAUCGCCGAUAAUUACGCGCCGAACCAGAACCGCUUCCACCUCCGACCGUGCCAUGAGGAAUCCCAUCGAGGAAGGAAAAGUGAAAUCAUUUAGCAGGAGCAAAGGUCAUGGUUUCAUCUCGCCCACGGCCGGCGGCGACGACAUUUUCGUGCACAUCUCAGACAUCGAGGGCGAGUACGUGCCACUGCCGGGUGACGAAGUGAGCUACCGACUGUGCUCCAUUCCACCCAAGUUCGAGAAGGUACAAGCAAUUCACGUGCACAUCACCCACUUAACUCCGGAGAAGCACAGCAAGUGGGAGGAACGGGCAUCGCCAUGCAAGUCCCCGGACGGAAGCUCCCGGCUGCUGCACUAGGAUUGGGCCCGAUGCUCGCAGCACCAAUCCGUUACUGGCUGCGAUCGUCAGUUUCUCCAGCUACCACCGUAGGGGUUACACUACAGAAUGUGAGAGCUCCGGCCAAACAACUACUAACUAACGAUAAACAGUGCUACUAAAGCGCGACGUUCUGGUUUUGCUUCCUAGAUUUUCCAGUAGAUUAAAUUCAGUUUCUGUUGUAUUGUCUUGUUACGGAUUUUGUGUUUCACACAGGUUCUAGAAACUUUUUCGCCCCGAAACAAAUGGUGGUAACGUAUGCAAAAGUGGUAGAUAGGGUGAUUGAUAAGAUGAUUCAGUAUUUAAAAGAGGGUAAGGACUGUUUUUGGUAAUAUUUUUCAGAAUUUAUCAUUCUUUUUUUUGCAUUUUUAUUGUUCCUCAUUCCGCUUUACAUGAAUACACAACGAAUAAAAAAAAUUCAAUGCGUUCAUUCAGUGAAUAAGAUUUGCAUAAGAACUCACUAAAAUCGUCUCGAAAAAUCUGAAAUUUGUAAUCCGGGAUAUUGUUGAAUGAAAACAUUCGUAUUAUUUCAGCGAAGCCAGAUCAGAUUUUCGUCAAUGCAUCAAAAAAGAACAACAACGAACAUCUAAUCUAUCACCCUCUCUACGUCUGUAUCCAGAACCUCAGUGGUGCUAAAGUAGCUAGUUAGGUUCUAAAGUUUAUUUUCACUAUUUCAGGCGUUUUCAAACUUUAGCAACUUAGCGCCGCAAAGCAAGUGUUUUAGUAUCGCGGACAACGUUCUGCCAUCGAAAGUUCUAGUAGAGUAGGGUUGUCUUAUUAGCCUCAAAUAAAUUCGAGUGCAAACCAGCCAGCAUGCACAAAUGAUUACACGAACAAUAAAAAAAAUAUGUAUCAGAUAGCAGUA